AUGAAUAGAACCAUCUACGAUUCAAAUCAUUAGAAAGAGAUGCCAUUCAUAUUCACACUCGGUACAUAACUCUUCUAAGAAUUAAGUCCAAAAAUUGAACUAGAAAAGGAUGCUUACGAUGAAUGGGUUAAGACACAAAGGAAAAUGCAAUCAUAAGAGGAGAGCCAAAAAUUGGAUAAAUUUUAAGCCAAAAUAUCAAAGGCCAAUGAAAUAAAACUGAUGUAAGAGGAGGAACUAUCAAGCAAAUAGAAGCUGAGAAUUCAAACCUAACUGAUUAAGGAAUCAAUCCAUAAUGAGCAAUAACUUAAAUUACAAAAAAUUUAAAAAUAAGAAUAUGCUAAAUUACAACACUUAUGA